AUCGGUAAAUGGCAUCUGCUUUGCAAAGAACGAUAUUAACUGAGCGUUAAAACGCCAUAAACGUUCUAUUUCGUUUUAAUUUUUCCCGCCCAGCGUUCAUGUUAUCGCGUUUCCAGAGCAGGUGGAGAGUUUGGAAAGUGCUGCUGCAGCCCGGGCGCCGCGAGGGGAGAGCGAUGGCGUGCCUGCUGGAGGCCCCUCUACGCGUCAGCGUGCUGUCUGAAGUCACGGCCACCAGUCGCCAUUAUGUUGACCGGCUCUUCGACCCCGACCCGCAGAAAGUGCUGCAGGGAGUCAUUGACAUGAAGAAUGCAGUCAUCGGCAACAACAAACAGAAGGCCAACCUGAUUGUGCUGGGAGCCGUGCCGAGGCUCCUGUAUUUACUCCAGCAGAGUUCGUCCAGCGCAGAGCUGAGGGCAGAAUGUGCAGUAGUGUUGGGCAGCCUGGCGAUGGGCACAGAGAACAACAUCAAAUCCCUGGUGGAUUGUCAUAUCAUCCCCGCCCUUCUUCAAGGUCUCCUGUGUCUCGACCUGGUCUUCAUCGAGGCCUGUCUGCGCUGCUUGAGAACGGUCUUCGUGAGCUCCGUCACUCCUGUCCAGCUGCUCUACACAGACCACACUGUGAUCCCCCACCUCAUGUCUCUGCUGAGCAGGUCCCAGCGCACACAGGAGUACGUCACACAAAUCUUCUCUCACUGCUGCAAGACUCCAGAGCAUCAGACUGUUUUGUUCAACCAUGGUGCCAUCCAAAACAUUGCACCUCUGCUUACUUCUCUAUCCUAUAAGGUACGAAUGCAGGCACUAAAAUGUUUCUCUGUCCUGGCGUAUGAGAACACUCAGGUCUCCAUGACACUGGUGAACGUCCUGGUGGAUGGGGAGCUGCUCUGUCAGGUUCUCGUCCAAAUGAUGCAAAGAGACAAGCCGAUAGAAAUGCAGCUGACAGCAGCCAAAUGUUUAACAUAUAUGUGUCGAGCAGGAGCCAUCGGAACAGACGACAACUGUAUCGUACUAAAGACCCUGCCGUGCCUGGUGCGGAUGUGCAGUAAAGACCGACUACUGGAGGAGCGGGUGGAGGGGGCGGAGACUCUGGCUUACCUGAUAGAGCCAGACGUGGAGCUACAGAGGAUAGCUAGCGUGACGGACCACCUGGUGGCCAUGCUGGCAGACUACUUCAAAUACCCCAGCUCGGUCAGCGCCAUCACCGACAUCAAACGGCUGGAUCAUGAUCUGAAGCACGCUCAUGAAUUGAGACAGGCAGCCUUCAAGCUGUACGCCUCCCUGGGCUCCAACGACGAGGACGUUCGGAAAAAGAUCACGGAGACGGAGAACAUGAUGGACAGGAUCGUGAGCGGCCUGUCCGAAUCCAGCAUCAAGGUUCGCCUAGCCGCCGUCAGAUGUCUCCAUAGUCUUUCUCGAUCUGUGCAGCAGCUCAGGACAAGUUUCCACGACCACGCCGUGUGGAAGCCGUUAAUGAAGUUGUUACAGAACGCUCCAGACGAAGUGUUGAUCAUGGCCUCUUCCACACUAUGCAACCUGCUGUUAGAGUUUUCACCCAGUAAAGAGCCCAUCCUCGAGUCUGGGGUGAUCGAAUUACUAUGCAGCUUAACACAAAGCGACAGCCCUGCACUGAGGGUCAACGGCAUCUGGGCUCUCAUGAACAUGGCAUUCCAGGCUGAUCAGAAGGUGAAGGUGGAGAUCAUGAGAGCUCUGGGCACAGAGCAACUCUUCCGGCUCUUCUCAGACCCUGACACCAACGUCCUCAUGAAGACACUGGGUCUACUGCGUAACCUGCUCUCCACGCGACCGCACAUCGACCAGAUCAUGAGCUCACAUGGGAAACAGAUCAUGCAAGCAGUCACAUUGAUCCUGGAGGGAGAGCACAGCAUAGAGGUCAAAGAGCAGACUUUGUGCAUACUUGCCAAUAUCGCCGACGGCAACACAGCCAAGGAGCUCAUCAUGACCAACGAUGACAUGCUCCAGAAAGUCAAAUACUACAUGGGGCACUCCAACGUGAAGCUGCAGCUGGCUGCCACAUUCUGCAUCUCCAACCUGGUGUGGAACGAGGAGAACGGUUCCCAGGAGAGGCAGGAUAAAUUAAGGGAAAUGGGCUUUGUAGAUAUUUUACACAAACUUACCCAGGCGUCAGAUUCUAACCUCAGUGAUAGGGCAAAGACAGCCAUGCAGCAGUAUCUGGCAUGAGUCAGAGAGAAAGCACAGUUGCUGGGAGGAUUUGCCCUUCCCUGUUGUUUUAAGGUUUUUUUGGGGGACUUUUUGCUUGUUUUUGUUCUGUUGCACAAGACACCUUUUAAUCUGCGGAUACUCUUCCCACCAACCUAACUUAGACGGUUGCCAGGGGCAACGCCACACGAGUUUGCUCUAUGUUGGCUUAUAAAAAAUUUUUUUGUGCUGAACUUGUAGAAGAUGAUGAUGAUUUUUUUUUUUAUUUUUUUUUUUUUUGUGUGUCGCUUUUCCUUUUUCGGACUUGAUGUGAUUUGGUAAAAAGAAAAGGACUAUUCUGCUUGUGCCGCAGUGCCACCUGGUGGUUUGGAGGCUUUGGUGCUUUGGACUCCAUUGGGAGGAGACCAGACGGUCUCAGACAGCUAAGCUAAAUGGCCUAAAGGCAGGGUCGACGGGGGUCAUCGGCUCCUCAUUUCAGUUCGCUGACUCAUUAUUGAUUAUUAUAAUUAUCAUAUUAAUUAUUAAUGUUUUAAGAGGGGCUUCAUUAAGAGUGGACAAAGGUAAAAAAAGACUGCUUUUUGUGGAUACAUACCUCGUAAAUAUAUAUAAAUAUAUACAUAUAUAAAUAUAUAAAUAUAUUUUUUCGAUUUAUAAUUUUCCCUCAGAUUUUCUUUUUUCCGGUGUGGCUUCCUCUAAAUGAUUUUAUGCUUAUUUGGAGGGGUGGAGGACAACACAGCAGAAGCUGGAAUUGCGAAGACUACUUUUGUAUGGGGUGAAAUGACCAGAAAUACGUUAAAAAUAAUAGUCAAUAAAAUUAUGCCACUAAAAAUAAAAGUGAACUGAAAUGCCA